GGCGGCGGCAGCGGCUACACCACCUCGUUGCUGCCGGCCGUGGCUCGGGCGUCCCCCGGAUUCCGGCCUCAUCACCCUGUCGUGGGGACCUUCCCUUCUGCCUCCAGAAUCCUAUCCCUUCAACCUAACAACAAAACUCCCCGUCUCGCUCAGUCACCAGGGAGGGUGGCCCGAUAUGUCCCAGCGGGUGAGGCGUAAUGGGUCUCCCACGCCGGCCGGCUCCCUUGGGGGCGGUGCGGUCGGCACGCCCGGAGGAGCCGGGAGCCGCCUGCAACCCAUGAGGGCGACGGUUCCGUUCCAGCUGAAGCAGCAGCAGCAACAUGGCAGCCCCACGCGGAACAACGGCGGCGGCGGCGGCGGCGGCAACAACAACAGCGGCUGCUGUGGCGGCGCCCCAGGCCCCUCAGGCGGCGGCGGCAGCAGUGGAGGGGGCCCGCGCACAGCCUCACGCAGCACGAGCCCCACGCGCGGCAGCGGGGGUGCGGCCGCGCGCACCAGCCCCACGGUGGCCACGCAGACGGGCGCGUCCGCGACCUCCACGCGAGGCACCAGCCCCACGCGCGGCGCCGCGGCCGGGGCUCGCGGGAGCCCCCCGCGGCCGCAGCCCCCGCCGCCGUUGCUGGGCACCGUGUCUUCGCCUUGCUCGUCGCCCACCCACCUGUGGACUGGCGAGGUGAGCCUGGCCCCACCCCCAGCCCGCGUCCGGCACCGGAGGAGGUCCCCGGAGCAGAGCCGAUGCUCUCCGGAGAGGAGGAGCCCGAGCGCCCCCGUUUGCAAAGCAGGUGACAAAACGCGACCCCCUUCCUCCAGCCCCUCUGCUAUCAUCCGCCGCACUUCCUCUCUGGACACGCUUGCUGCUCCGUACCUUGCAGGGCAUUGGCCUCGUGAGAGUCAUGGGCAGGCAGCUCCUUGCAUGAGGGACAAGGCUACACAGACAGAGAGUGCAUGGGCUGAAGAAUACUCUGAAAAGAAGAAAGGGUCCCACAAGCGUUCAGCAUCCUGGGGCAGUACAGAUCAACUUAAGGAGAUUGCAAAAUUACGCCAGCAAUUGCAGAGAAGUAAACACAGCAGUCGGCAUCAUCGAGAUAAAGAAAGACAGUCUCCAUUCCAUGGCAACCAUGCAGCUAUUAACCAGUGUCAGGCUCCUGUUCCAAAGAGUGCACUUAUUCCAGUAAUUCCUAUCACCAAAUCAACAGGCUCCCGGUUCCGGAAUAGUGUGGAAGGAUUGAAUCAGGAGAUAGAAAUAAUAAUUAAAGAGACUGGGGAAAAGGAAGAGCAACUUAUACCACAAGAUAUUCCAGAUGGCCAUCGGGCACCUCCCCCGCUGGUACAGAGAAGCAGCAGCACACGCAGCAUUGACACACAGACCCCUGGCGGGGCAGACAGGGGAAGUAACAACAGCAGCCGCUCACAGUCUGUGUCCCCCACAUCGUUCCUCACCAUCUCCAAUGAAGGGAGCGAGGAAAGCCCUUGUUCAGCUGAUGACCUGCUUGGUGAUCCCAGGGAUAAAGAGAAUGGGAACAACUCUCCUUUGCCCAAAUAUGCAACUUCACCAAAACCUAACAACAGUUACAUGUUCAAAAGAGAACCUCCUGAGGGCUGUGAAAGGGUCAAAGUGUUUGAGGAAUGCUCGCCAAAACAACUUCACGAAAUUCCAGCUUUUUACUGUCCUGACAAAAACAAGGUGAAUUUCAUUCCUAAAAGCGGUUCUGCUUUCUGCCUCGUCAGCAUCCUCAAGCCACUCCUCCCCACCCCAGAUCUUACCCUCAAGGGCUCUGGCCACAGUCUGACAGUCACUACUGGCAUGACAACCACCUUACUGCAGCCUAUCGCUGUGGCUUCCCUAUCUACAAACACAGAGCAAGACCGAGUCUCUCGAGGAACGAGUACAGUCAUGCCGUCGGCCUCUCUCCUCACACCACCAGACCCGAUUGAGGAAGCUGAAGGCUAGGUCCCAGUGCUGCAUAGCCAUUGUUCUGGGCAACUGGGAACCUCCUCAGACUACUUGACUAUGAUGGAUGGCAUCGUGCGCUCCCAGUUGGUUGUGACGUGCUCCAGCUUUCCACAGUGACAUGUCACAGUACAGCUUCUGGAAGAAAGCAGCUCCUCUGAUGGCUUUCCUCACUUCUGAAGGCCUGCCCUAAGUACUUGGCCUGCAUUUUCCUAAAGCGCUGGUUGAAACAAAGAAGGUCUCAUUCUUUACUUUUGGAGGGCUUGUUUUCAAAUUAAACUUUAGAAACAAAAACAAAAACCUGAUCCCUACAAACAUGAUUCCUGGAGACAUGAAUGAUGCUGCAAGAACCAUCUUUUAUAUGAAGAUGACUAUUUUAUAUUACCAAUGUUACAUUUUCUGAAACGUAGUUAACAGGAUGUUCAAAAGAUUCUUUGAUGGCCUCUGUUUCUUGUUUCCCUUUCUAGAUGUGUGCUUUUCUCAGCUGUUUUCAGCUUUGGGACCAAAGGGAUUGUUGACAUUUUCCCAGCAAUCUUAAUAUCAUGACUGUGUUCUUCUCCCAAACAAGAAUUGAUAGGUAAAUGCAUUGAACAAGUAUAUAUAAAAAGAGAUGAAAAGCAAUAUUAGUACAUUAUGUGAUUUAUGUUUUUUGAUGUCAGAAGUUUGUGCUUUGGGUGAACUAUUUGUAAAACUGCUGUUUUCUUCACUACUCCUGUACACGUUUCACCAUGUGGUCAGAAAAAUUUGGAGACAAGUGCUUAAUAUGUUCUCACCCAUCAUUGGAAGUUGGUUUAAAAAUCAGCCAAAAGGAAGCUAGGAGUAAGUGUUGAUAGCUAGGAGUAAGGAGCCCUUUUGGUUUUCUGGGCAGUAUUUAUCACAUGAUCUCCCUUUACCACAGAUGUCAUUCUGUCUUUAAUCACUGCUGUAUCAUAGUCCCAAGAGAUCCUAAAAUGACUGCAUGGAUUUCCUCCUUUGCUUUUGUGAUGUCGUUGUCUUGUGGAUUUGGUCAGGGUUAGUAGUUUGCCAGGAGUGUAACCCAUUGAAUAGCAAUCCAAAGUCACAGAAUCUUGUGACUGACCUUUUCUUUUUUGGUGGUUGGCACUGAGAUACAUUGUUGCCUACAGAUUUUGCUAGUUGUCCCUCCAGCAUUCCACACAGUGGGGGAAACAGGCAAGGGAGCUUUGGAGCAUAAACAACAGGAACCUUUGAAAAAUCCGUACAGUUUUGGAUUUAGGCUCAUGCUAAUAAAAUCACUGCCAAUAUCACAUGACAGCAGUAUUUCAUGUCUGGUUAUGCGGUCGUGAAAUUUAAGGAGCAGCUCUUUUUUAAAAUGAGUUUCAGCAAACCUGAUAAAAAGCAUCCUUCUAAGAUCUUCUUAUACUACCUUAUGAUGCAAUAAUUUAAUGUUCUUCUACAUAUUAAAGGGAGGAAAAGAUUUAAGUACUUGUAAAAGGGAUACAGUUGAGAGGGUUAAUAUGUCAGUUUAUCCCGACAUAUCCCAUCAAAGAAAACUUAGUGGUAGCAAUAAAUCUCCUGGAAAGGACUUCUUACACUCACGCACCUUUAAAACAUGUAAGUAAUCAAAAGUGUGCCCUGUGAAGUUUAAAAUGGAGGUAUAUUUAGGCAAGUUAGGUAAAUUGCAACUUGAGUAAGUCUGUCAGGUUUCAGUUGGUGGGACCGAUGAAUUUUGGUAACUUUUUUGUCCAAAACUAAUUUACCUGGAAUUAGUAUAUGUGGCUUCUAAAUCAGUAAAAGCUCAGUUACUCAGGAUCAACUUUUCUGCUGACUUUCUUGAGAGCCUUGAUUCUUUGCCUUUGUUAUGCCUUUGACUUGACCAUCUCACCACUGAGAACUGCUGCAUCAAAAGUACAGAAGAAGAAAAGGCAAAACAAAUCAGACGCGAGUUGGUUUGAAUGGUAGGAGAAGGAAGUUAAAACAAGAUUUAAAAUGAAAACCUUCAGUUUUUGGACUACCUGAGUUCUGUUAAAUCUAUAUUAUUUUCUUUGCCUUACACUUAGUUUCUUCUAUCUCUAUCCCUAUAAGUCACAAGGGGAUUUUACAACUAGAAUACCACUUUCUUAACAGUUUUUCCUUUUACUCCGUUGUGUGUGUUUGUCUAAUUCACAUUUUGUGUAGAAUUUCAUAUAUCCUUAAUCUAAAGUAACUUAAAAUCAGAAUGGGAGAACAAGUUUAAGAUUUAUUAUUUACAUAGUCUUAUAAAUGGAACUUCUAAUGCUUGGUUGCAAGGAGAAUGUGAAUUUGCAGAUAAAUGAAUUGUAUGGCAACCAGACAUAUCCCUUGGGUUUGGGAGAAAUAGAGCCUGAGAUUUGAAGGAGAAAAAAAAUGGUACAAGGUACAAACAACUCUAACUGCCAGUGCCAAAGGGCUAAUUUUUAAGCAUAUGAGCUUUAUCGCAGUGUUGAAAAAAUAUUAACCAUAGGUCCAUUCAGAGUUUUUAUUUAACCCUUAGUUCACAGGUGGUUUGACUUUUUGUUUUUGUUUUAAGAUGGGUCUCAGUAGAAUACAUAAUACUGUUUUCUAAAAUUGCAUUCCAUAAUUAUCUUGCUAUUCUGUAGAAAACUGUACAGAAGGUAAAUAAAUUAGAAUAGCUUCAAUGGGAAUAUAAUUUAAAUUUUUUUUAAUUUUAAAUAAAUUUAUUUCCAUUGCAGUAAAAGAAAGAAAUAGGUGGCAUGUAUAUUUCGGGAAAAGGAGCUAAUCUGUGGUUAUUCACUUUGUCAGUCUUAAGUUAUUUUUUUGCCCUUAAACAAUUUCUUCUUUGUGAUGAUAAAAUAUGUAAAUUUACUGGUUUUGAUCAUGAUUAAGUCUAUUACUUGUCAUGGCUUUUGUGAGCAAUUAUGGUUUAAAAACCCCUGUUUUGCAUUUUUGGUUAAUAUGGUGAGCAUGGAUGCCAAAAUUAUUUUUGAUCUUGAUUCUUCAUUUUGUUUGUUUAAAAUAUUUCUUACACUUAUGACAAGCCAAAUCAGCCUUUUAGAAGGUGCUAUUGCUAGCUGUGGAAUUACUGGCAACAAGAAAUACUUUUCUUUCUUUCUUUUUAAUGGUUAGCUUUUACUAGAAGGUAAUAAAAAAAUGGCAGAAUUUGUAGCCUUUUGUAUGUGCAAGAUUAGGACUGGGUUGUCAAGAUUUUCUUUUGUUAAAGGAAAUAAAAGAAAAAUUGCCGCUACUGAAUUUACAUUACUGUUCUAAACUUUUAAGAUUCAUUCCUUAAUGCUUGGAAUUUUAAUGUCUCAAAACCGGACCAGUGGAAGUGCUGAAUUUGCAUUAAGCUACGAAUACUUAACUCUGCACUUUAAGGUUUAAGUUUUACUCUGCAUAAAUGAAUGAUAAGCAGAGCAGUCCUGAACAAUAUUUUGUUUAUACAAUCCUGUUGAAUAUAAUUUAUGUUUUUUUAAAGUCUGUAUCUUUCAUCUCUGUUGAAGCUGUGUAAAUCUUUUUAAAAUGCAAUUUUUAAAAAUUUUGUUUUUCUAACAGAAUUUCCCCCCCAAAUAGCGUUUCCAAUGGUGAUAAAUAUUGUUACUAUGUACUUAUGUAUUCCCUGUAUCUGAACAUUUGUUGCUGCCUCACAAGAA